AUGGAUUCUGAUCUAUGGAGAAUCAUUAAGAAUAGAAAAGAACCCUCCUUGAGUAGAGUAGUUCAGAGACUGUGUUUUAAUAUUUUGAAAGCUCUGGAAUACAUGCAUGGACUUGGGUAUUGCCAUCAUGAUCUCAAGCCUGAAAAUCUCUUGUUGAAGGGAAACAACAUCAAAAUUUCAGACUUUGGGCUUGCUAUUAACUUGAAGGAGAAAAUGGAAAAUAAUGAGCCCUUGGAUCCAAAUGUUGCAACCAUAGCCUAUAAAGUGCCUGAACUUUUUCUCAAAUCAUCAUCCUAUGAUUUCGCCAUUGAUAUGUGGUCACUUGGAGUCAUAAUAGCUCAGUUCUAUGGUCUUGAACCCAUUUUUGGAAGUAGAAGUGACUGGAGAAAUCCGAUUUAUAACAUAUGCUCUAUGAUUGGAUGCCCCAAUGAAAAGACAUGGCCUGAGGGAUUGAAGUUAGCAGAGUCAUUGGACUACCAGUUUCCAAAAGAGUUUGAUGGGGAGAAUUGUAGGAAGAAUUUGCGUAGAUUGAUGUCGACUGCGAGUGAGGAAGUGAUUGACCUUGUAAAGCGUUUGUGCUCGUGGGAUCCCAAACGCAGACCCACUGUAAAACAAGCACUCAACCACCCUUUUUUCCAGUCGUGUAAUAAUACUAUGAAUCCAAAGUUUUUCAGGUAUUAG